AUGGCUUCGAACAGAUCCAGCAUGCAAAUGCAAAAACAUACCUCCGAGUCACGGUGGAUCGCCACCAGUAAAAUCGAAACCUUCCGCAUUGGGUAUAUCGAGCGUCACACUUCUUCGCCGAAACGCCGGAGAAGUGCGAAUAGAGUUUCUUUUCUCUCCGAGACUAUAAAUUAUCACGACUCUAACAACGAGCGUAGUCAAACAUCUUUGGCCGAUACUGGCACGGCCUAG